AUGGAAGACUAUAAACCAGUAGCGACUCCGGUGGAUGUCAACUCCAAGCUCACAGCUGAAUGUGGAGAAAAGAUUCAUAAUCCAACAGAGUAUCGAAGCUUAGCAGGAGCUAUGCAAUAUUUGACAUUCACUAGGCCAGAUAUCACAUAUGCGGUACAACAAAUUUGCCUGUUUAUGCAUAAUCCCAGAGUUCCACACUAUCAAGCGUUAAAACGAGUCAUCCGUUAUCUUCAGGGCACACUGACCCAUGGCCUGCAACUUUAUAGAGGGACAAUCGGCUCUCUCACUGCUUAUACAGACUCAGAUUGGGCAGGUUGCUCAGACACAAGACGCUCAACAUUGGGUUAUUGUGUAUAUCUAGGCGAAAACUUAAUCUCUUGGUCAUCCAAACGCCAACAAACUGUGUCACGUUCUAGUGUCGAAUCCGAAUAUAAAGGAGUAGCUAAUAUGGUAGCUGAAACUUGUUGGAUAAAGAACCUCCUGCUGGAAAUGCAUAUACCGAUCCGAUCUGCAACGUUGGUCUAUUGUGAUAAUAUCAGUGCAAUAUAUCUUUCAAACAAUCUGAUUCAACAUCAAAGGACUAAACAUAUCGAGAUUGAUCUCCACUUUGUUCGGGAGAAGGUGUGCCUUGGACAGGUGAAGGUGCUACAUGUUCCUUCUUCAUUGCAGUUUGCGGACAUUUUCACCAAGGGUCUACCGACUAUGUUAUUCAACGAAUUCAGGUCCAGUUUAACCGUCCGGUGUUCAGACGAUUUCACUGCGGGAGGGUGA